UCUGCGUCCCAUACACAAACAUCACAUUUUCGUCCUCUUUCUUUGGUUCUUAUCUUAUUAUUUAACACUCUUCGCUACCGGAAACUUUUCUAGACACGGAACGUAUUCAUAGUGUUGUGUCACGAAGCUUAUUUACGCAGAAGACAGAUGUUUUUAAAGUGGUAUGCGCAACGUUUCAUCUCAGCUGGGCUUGUUUCCAUAGAAACGGGUGAUGUAGAUCUUUUGUAGAGAAAAGCUGAUCACACCUCCUGUAGAGCGAUGUCUCAGUUUUCCGCCGAGGAUGAGGCAGAGCUCCAGUGCCUGCUGCGAGAACUCCUGAAAAGUGUCAAAGACAAAAUCUCAGGAGCACCUUCCGUGGAAUGUGCUGAGGAAAUCUUGCUUCACUUGGAGGAAACAGACAAGAACUUUCACAACUAUGAGUUUGUGAAGUGUCUGCGGGAGUAUGUGGAGAGCAGCUUGGGAGCUGUUAUUGAAGAGGAAACUGAGAAUUUUACCAAGGGUGGAGGUCAUGCUAUUGGGUCGGGGCAGGACACCCUGGUUCAUGCUGUUACAAAAAAGACACGGGAAUCUACACAGUGUAAACAGAUGAUGCAGAUGCUAAAACAGACCAUGAUGGUGGUUGUGGAAUCACUGAUCAAUAAAUUUGAGGAAGAUCAGCUGAAGAAAGAGGAAAUGCACAGGAAGAGCCAACAUGAGCAGUCAAGCGGCCAUUACACUGACAACUGCUCUGACAGUGACUCUUCGUUCAAUCAGAGCUAUGCAUUUAUCAAGCAUGAACAACUACAAGUCAUUGCUGAGAAGCUUGACCCCAGUCGACCACGGGAGGUGCGAUGGGAAGCUUUGCAGUCUCUCUGCUAUGCCCCUCCCUCUGAUGUUCUGAGCUGUGAAAUCUGGACUGGUCUUCGCAGAAACCUCACCAAUGCGCUCACUGACCCCGACCCUGAGCUCAGUGAUAAGGUCCUUCGCUUCUUUGCAAAAACAUUUUCUUCUUCUCCAUUAAAUGUGACGAAGGAUAUCUACACCAGCAUAGCAAAAAGCUUGGAGGCUCAUUUUCUGUACCACAAGUUGAAUUUCCCCAGUGGUUCUACAGGUAUUGAUGCAAACAGACCAGAUCUCGCCCGUCUUCUCAAACAAAUGAGAUUAAUCAACGACUUUCAAAAAGAGGUGACAACAUUUUGGAUACGGCACCCUGAGAAGUACAUGGAGGAAAUCAUCGAGAGCACCCUCUCUCUUCUCGCUCUACAUUCUGAACACGGCACAGAGAAAUCCCUAGAGCCAAUACACUUAAUCUCUCUACUGGAUAUCAAAGCCACCUGGUUUAAGAAAUGGAUGCACGGCUACUACAGCAGAACCGUUGUCUUAAGGCUUCUUGAGAGGAAAUACAAGUCUUUGAUUGUUAAUGCUGUUCAACAGUGCAUUUAUUACUUUGAUUCCUGUGAUUCCAUAAGAGAGGGAACCUUGGAAAUUAUCCACAGCCUGGCACAUCAACAGAUUGGCCCUGUUCAGAGAACCCAAUACAGUUCCAAAGAGUUGGAGUUUGUUUAUUUUGUUCAUUCGCUGUGCGUGCUCGGGAGGCUUGUGAUGUACACUAAUGGAAGGAAACUUUUCCCAAUUAAAGUGAAGAAACGAAGAGAUCCGGUAACUUUGACUGACCUAGUUGUGAUUCUAAUCAGCAUCAUGUACCAACACCCAAAACCAUCCUGUGGCGAGACAACGCAUACAGACUCCCUCUCCCCCACCAAUCUUGUGAUGGAGGUGUUGAGGACUCUGUGUGACCGUACUGAGUGUGCUGUGGAGUGUCUCUACCAAAUCCCAGUUAUAGAGACUCUGCUGGCUCCCAUUAUCACCCUGCUGAAAGGAAAGCUGCCCAAAUUAAAUUCCCUAGAAUGUGCCCUGACUCACAUAGCAGACAUCCUGGCGAGAAUCGCUACCUCUGAACAAGGUUUAUCACUCCUGCUUUAUGACAGAAAUCUCGUCUGGGCCGAGGGUGAAAGUAUUUCAGCAACACACGUGAUUGUGCAGUUUACCCAGAGGCUGUUGGCUAAAGAGCUGCAUGUGUUCUCUGAGCUGGAGAUUUCUUCUGCUCUUAGUGGGGCGUUCAUCUUUGUCUGUCGCCAGAUGUACAACACCUGUGAGGGGCUGCAGGUUCUGUGGCCUUACAGCCUGCACGAGUGCAUCGCUAAAGCCUGGAGAAAGACCAGCUCACUGUCGGAGAGAGUUCCCACCCCUGUUCCUGGAGCUCCCCCAGCACUGGCCUCCCAGGAGCUGCAGAAUGCGGUGGCCUGGGAGGAGAUGCUGUUAGACAACCUGCUGAAUUUUGCCGCCACACCUAAAGGACUGCUGCUCCUUCAGCAAACUGGAGCCAUUAAUGAGUGUGUCACCUACAUGUUCUCAAGAUUCACCAAAAAGCUACAGGUGAGCAGAUGUGAGAAAUUUGGGUAUGGUGUGAUGGUGACCCAAGUUGCUGCUACAGCCCCAGGCAUUGUGGCCUUGCAAAACUCAGGCUUUGUCCAGGCUAUUGUGGUAGAGUUGUGGUCAGCACUGGAAUGUGGCCGAGAGGACGUAAGAGUGGUCCAUCCGAAAUCAACUCCAAUGGACCCCAUUGAUAGAAGCUGCCUCAAGUCCUUCCUGUCACUAGUGAACAUACUCUCUUCACCUCACGCUGUUUGGGAGCUGCUGGCACAUCAAGCACUUCCGAACAAGACCGAGUACAACUUGAGAGAGAUGGCCACCUCAGUUUUUGACCUGAUGGACCGCCUCAUCAUUAUUAACUCUGAGGCAAAGAUUCACUCCCUUUUCAACUAUGAGCAGUCCCACACAUUUGGGCUCAGGCUCUUAAGUGUGCUGUGCUGCAACCUGGAUACUUAUCUUUUGCUGGAGUCUCAGUAUAACCUCUGUGAGUUACUGCUUCAGAGUCAGAGAGACAAUGUCACAGAGCCAUCCACAGGUGAAGGGGAAUUCAUUAUUGAUGGUCUGUCUGUGGAAAGAAACCACAUCCUGGUUCGAAUUGGUGCAGUUGGUGGCCCGUCAGAGAGGACAUUACCUCCCCGAGCUCUGCAGAAGGGGAAUGACCCUUACCCAUGGCCAAUGGUGUCCACAUACCCUCUGCCAAAGUAUUACAUUAUUGACAUGCCCAAGACUUUCUGCACAAAACAGGAGUCAGAGAUCUGUGCAUUCUUGGCCUCUUCUAAAGAAACUGAGAGGGAUGCUAGCUGGAUGGAUGACUGCAGGAGACAGUUCUGCAAGACCAUGACUACAAACACUCUCAAUGGAUAUGUACUCGCUGAUCUGUUGGAGAGGGUCGUGUUGCAUCUUUCAUCUUCACCCAACGACUGCUUCUUUCCACCUGCUGAAUAUAAAGUUGUAGACCACAGUGUAAAGACUCGAAGCCUGACGUCUGUGGAACAGUUAGGUGUGGGGAUAUCCCUCAGGUAUGGCAAGUUCCUGAAGUUAUUGAGAGAGGAUUCCGAGCAGGAUCUGUGUCUUCUACUCAAGCACUGUCAUGAGUUUCUUUCUCAGCAACGAGUCAAUGUCAACUCUGAACUCUCUCAUUUUAAGAGUGGUUAUCCUGGUCAAGACUGGUUUGCCUCCACAGUUUUCCUGCUCAUGCACGGUGACUUAGGCCGCUCACUCAGUCUGCUCUUGCGAUUCUCCCGUCUGCUUCCGUCUGCCUUCCUGUGGCUUCCAAGACUGCACAGCUCUGUGCACCUUCCUAUAGAGAUUGCCAAGUCAGGCAUUCAUCCAGUCUACUCUUGCACAGCUCAUUAUGUUGAGAUGUUGCUCAAAGCUGAGGUUCCCCUGGUCUUCUCUGCCUUCAGGAUGUCUGGCUUCACUCCCUCUCAGAUUUGCAUUCAGUGGCUGGGCCAGUGUUUCUGGAACUACCUGGACUGGCCUGAGAUCUGUCACUAUGUAGCCACAUGCGUCAUCAUGGGACCAGAUUACCAGGUUUACAUGUGCAUUGCUGCCCUGGGACACUUGCAGCAGGAUAUCCUGCAACACACUCAGACACAGGACCUGCAAGUCUUUCUUAAGGAGGAACCGAUCCAUGGCUUCAGGGUAAGUAAUUACCUGGAGUACAUGAAGGGGCUGGAGCAUAACUACAGAUCCAUGGUGCUCUCGGACAUGAGGAGCAUCUUACCGAGGAGCAGCUUGUAGGAAAUAGAAUGCUGAAGAUCAGCAGGGACUUUCCAAUGCAGCAGUGGAAAACCAUUUUUUCCUCAUUGCUUGUUCCAAACCCAUAUGAAUUAACUUCUUCCAUAGUCCACAAAAUAAACUGUUAUGCAAAAUGUUAGGGGUUGAUAGUCUCAGUCAUCAUUCGCUGUUACUGCAUAAUUUGUCAAUGCGAUGAAUGGUGAACGAGACUGGCCAUGCUGCCUCACAUCUCCUUUUGUAAUCCACAGAUGAAAAAAAAAAUUAUAUGGGUUUGGAUUGUAUACCUCUUUAUACAGUGCAUACCAUUGUACAAACUAUAAGUCUGUCCUUCACUAGGCUGGUAUAAACCCAUCAUUCCCACCAAAAAUAUGGGGAUACAGUAUAAAGUAUAGGAAACAAGUAAUUGCAGUAAUUCUGUAAGACUGAUGCUCAGGAAAUGGAGUUUAACCGAACUUUCUACAUAAGCAUUAUCAAAACACAUUAAGACAUAUGUACAAAGUCAUAUGAACCUUAAAUGAAGAAUCUAUUGAGUUCAUAGCAUGUUUUGCAGUCUCAAAUUAUUACAUGACAGCAGCAAAUAUGAAAAGUUUAAAGCUUUUGAUGUAUGAUUGCUGUCUUAGUAGACAAUCAAACAUGCAUCGUGAUGCAUGUUUGAUCUUAAAAGUCAACACUUAAGUGUGUCAUGAAUCAUAGGCCUUUGACGCAGUAGUGCAUGUUCUUAAGGCCUAUAUUAACAUCUGCAGUCUCUUAUUUCCUUUCUAAGGAAGCUGUAUAGAGAGGCAGCAUCAGUUUGACAGGCUAUCAUUAGCACAUAGAUGCAAUCUCUCACCCCCGCCAUCUGUAACUCACACAGUGAAUAAUGAAUUAGAUCAUUAGAGAGGUGUCUUUUUUCUUUGCAACAACUGCUAAAUAAUACAUAGUGUUUAUGCAGUAUGAGGCAGGACCAGUUAUAAUUUUAUGCUGUGAAAAAUUCCUUCCAAGUAUAUAUUUUUCAAUCUUUCUCUGGUGCAUUUUAAGUCCCCAUGCAUGCUUUUGAUUUGUGAAUAUUCAUAUUAACAUACUGCAUUAAACUCAGUUGUGCAUCAUCAGUUGAUUUAAUUGUUGUGCAGUCUAAACAAUCUGUUUGCAUUAAUCAGGUUAAUUAUUUAAUAACUCAUUGUUAGCCAACAGUCUUUCGAAAAAUCCUGAACUGUUGUCUUGUGUACGCUUGUUGCAAAUUGACAGAUGUAACCUUUUUGUGAAAUGGAUUUUGAUGAUGUAUCAAAUAGACCAAAAUGGCAGGAUAAUUAGAAAAGGCUAAUUAUUGAUAAUUAAACUGAUUA